AUGGUUUUGGAAGAAUUACAGCAUCUGGAUAUCUACAACCGAAAGCAGCUUCAACACUGUGACCACCUCAACGCUGUGAUUAAUGAGACCCUACGCCUACACCCGCCUGUACCGACCGGGGGCUACCGCCAGACACCACCAAGUGGCUUGAUAGUCGGAAACGCAUACGUUCCAGGCAACGUCACCAUUGUGUCCCCCACGCGAUGGACGACGCGCCCGAAUAUGCUGAAGGACGCGCGAGGGGUUUCGCCCUUCGCGCAAGGCCGGUAUGGUUGUAUUGGUAAAACAUUGGCUAUGAUUGAGAUGCGCUUCGUUAUUGCGCUACUAGUUAGAAAGUUCAGAAUCAGUCUCUCAGGUGUUGACAAGGCGGAGACGCUAUUCUCUGACUUGCGAGAUCAGUUCACUGCUGCUUCGGGACGGUUGGAGCUGCGCGCUUCCGCCGCGACAAGCCCGGCUGGUACAACGGCAGAGCGUGGCGUGAGGCGUUUAAAACGCAUUUCUAACGGCAUUCUCGCCAACCAGUUCAUCACUACGCAACUUGGUCGGUUCAUCCUCGCCUUUCUCUUCACGAGCACAGUGCUCUUCGUCUAUACUUCGCGCAUCCAGCACCUGUUUACCGUCAAGUCUGCCGUCCUGCCUCAUACUGGACUUGGUCUGGUGAUUUGGGCCACCAAGGACAACGGCGGCGUGGCCUCGGGGACCUUGGACACCCAGGCUCAAUCUGCCAAGGCACCCGUCUCUGUCCUCGUCUGGGCCAUUGUCUCGCAGUUCAACUCGGUCAUAGAUUCCAACUCGGCGUUACUGGUGACCAGCCCGGAUAUUGCUCGAUAUUCCAAGACCCGCAAUCCCCAGAUCUGGGAUGAACUGAUCGCGCUGCGCACUUGGGCAGACUCUAUGCGCAGCCUUUGGAAUAAUCACUACGCCCGAGCCGGCGCAUUCUUCGCCUCCGCCAGCUUCGCAUUCGCCACCCUCCGCACGUCCAUCGCGUGUAACUCCAUCCUCUUCGUCGCUGACGUGACGUGCAUGCUUCCGACAUACCUCAACAUCGUCCGAAGCCACCUCCUGGCUCUCGUCAUCGCCUUCGCCAUCGUGCCCUGGCGCAUCGUCGCCUGGGUGCCCGGUUCCUCAACUUCCUCGGCGGUUACUCUAUCUUCCAGGGGCCGGAGGUCGCCAUCAUGA